ACGGAAAGGUAGUGAUAGUUUAGCAUGCAAGGUUGCUAGCUGCUAAUAUUGCCCCUUAAAGAUUUUUUGGAGCUCAUAUCUAAAAUGAAUACGAAACGUUUAAAGUCUGGACGAACUGUUGCAAUAAUUUAAUCUUGUAUCGCGUCAGAGACCUCUUCAAGUCUUGUUUGUUAGCCACCUGCUAGCAAGCGUUGGCUAACUGUAUUCAGUCUGUUUUACGACAUGGCAAGCGCAGCGAAUGCAAACCUAAACGCAGUCCGGGAGACAAUGGACGUGCUGCUGGAGAUCUCCAGGCUGCUGAACACAGGUUUGGACAUGGAGUCUCUGUCCAUAUGUGUGAGACUGUGUGAGCAGGGCAUCAACCCAGAAGCUUUGUCUGCAGUCAUCAAAGAACUGCGUAAAGCUUCCGAAUCCCUCAAGGCCUCUGAAAACUGCACUAACUGAUGCUGCAGCCUGAUCACCUCACUUUGGGAUUUCUGGGAUCAUGCCCCAGUCCUGGAUCUGAACCUGCCCGGGGCUCUCCAGCCAAUCAGAUUUGUCUGUGUGUUGGCACUCUCUCCUCUGUGUUUCCUUGGUGACUAACUGCUCCUGGUCUGUGCUUUGACUUGUGUCUGAGGUUCUGAGUAGAGGUCCCAACCUCAGUCUUCUUCCUAAACACAAGUCUUCUCCCAACACGAAGACAUGCUCAGCCAUUCUGCCUCAAAUCUCUCACAAAUUUGUGAAGGUCAGAGUGGUAUUAGCAUUGACAGUUUGCCUUAAUUUAAGAGCCUGUUCCUAAUUUCUGGUAGUCAGUUUAUGUUGCACUAUCGUCAUGGGGAAAUGUUUAUUAAAAUAUUUUGGAAUGUCUGUAAUUUGUUCUAAGUUGUUUUUAAUUUUUUGUUAGCAUUUUGUUUUUUUCAACUUAAUCCUUUUGCAAUUUCCGUUGUCCAUGUAAUAGUCAGUGAUGGAUCAAAGUCUAAAUUAAAAUGUUACAGUCGACGGCCA